AUGUGCUGCCGUCGCCACGUGUGCUAUAUUUACUCCAAGUGUGGUCAUGCAUAUGCGAUGCCCGAAGAAAAUAUGCCGUGCGAUAAUCCCCAUUGCAAGUUCAGCCCUGCCCAUCCGUCCACAUGCACAGGUGCUUCAUGCAAGCAGACGUGUUGGCAGUACCGUCAGCCGACCCAGCAGUACUCGCCUCAGGUUUCAGGCUCUUGUCCACGCUGCGGAGGUGGUCCGGCUCCCACACAUUAA